AAACCAGCAUAAGCUGGUAGCUGGUUUUAGCUGGUUUAAGGUGGUUUACGCUGGUCCUCCCAGCCUGACAAAGCUGGUCAUGCUGGUGGGCCAGCUAAUAUUCCAGCAUGACCAGCUAAGUCCAGCUAGACCAGCUUAAAAUGUGACCAAAACACACCUAGACCAGCUUGCUACACCAGCAAAACCAGCUUCCUACACCAGCAAAAUCAGCUAAAACCAAGCUGGGGACCAGCUAAAACCAGCUCACCAGCUUAUGCUGGUUUUAGCUGGAUUUUUCAGUAGGGUGCUUUGCAUCACAAACAUAUAAGAUAAAUAAAAUUAUGUUUAAGAUAUGUUAUGACAUAACUGCGACUGAUCUCUUGCGGUAUUAAUGUUGUAUUGUAACAUCUUUCUGCCCGUUGAUGCGUUUUUACUAUUGCGCAAUAUAUACCAUCAUACAGCAAGCAUAACCUGGCGCUAUAUUGUAUACUGUCAGUCAGUAAUCUGAAUGUGUGUGUGUUGCGAUAGUCUGAUGCAAUCCCCUGAAACUGUCACCCACCUGAGGGUCAGUCAGAGAACAACCAGCGCCUCUUUCAGGAAUAGAAAGCGAUGGAAGGAAAUUAGAUAGAGGCACGGAAAGAAUAGAUGGAGAGAAAGACAGACGGAUAUUAGAAGAAGAGGAAAGACGGCACCCCUCCCCCUUUCUGCUGAUUUCUAGGUGCGAGAGUCUUGAGCAACAAUCUGGCACGGCUCACAACAGAUCCAUAAGGUCAGGACGGGCCGGAGCUCGCCGGGGAGGAGGAAGAGAGAGCGAUGGAGGAAUUAUUUAUCUCCAGAUGCUGCUGUCUCCGCAGCGCUGGCCUCAGCAGUCUUGCUCGGAAGAGGAGAGAACAGGAAACGAUCGGAUAAAAGAAAGAAAUAAACGACUAAUCUGACGAGUCAUGCAGUCCUUUAGAGAGCGGAGUGGUUUCCAUGGCAACCAGCACUGCUACCAGCAGGAACCCCAAGAAUUAUCACGCCUUGAGAGUUAUAGACAUCAUCAUAGCCAGUCCAGACAGAGCUAUGAGGCGCACGCUCUAGCUCCUGCAGGGAUGUCUACAGCGGGAGCAGGUUCAAAAGACCUAUGUUAUGGACAGCAAACCUAUCCCAUCUACACCAGCACCAGUGUUACUCAGACUAAAAAAACUUAUAGAGGAGCCAAAACUCCAAACCAGCACCUGCAAGCUGGCUACACCAAUCACUUGGGACCUGGAUACACAGCCCAGUAUAUGAGCGAAGGUCACUUGCAGCAAAAAUGGGAUGAGUCAGCUCAGAUGACCCAGUUUGAGCAGGACAUGGUGGGGCGACUGGAGUCUGGGCUCAGUGGGUCAUCGCAGUACCUAGAGCAGAACAUGCUGGCUAUUUCUCAAAGCCAGUGUCAUCUCCCCACACAGUCUUCUGCCCCUGUCUAUACAAGCUCACAUCAACAGGGCCUUCCAUCCAAUCCUUCACAGACUCCUUUAAUGUAUCCACAAGGCCAUCUUCAUUUUCCUCAGCACUCACAACCACCUUCUUCCUCUUCUUCAUCUUACAUAGAAAAAUGUAAUCUAAUGCCGCAUGGCUACAAAGGCUAUGGUAUAACACCUAAUUCCCAGUAUGGAAGACAACUCAGCAAUCAAAGCAAUCUAAAGCAGAGUGGAUAUAGACCUCAAAACAAUUAUGGUUACCAGCAGACUCCCCCAAGAUCUGGAUUUGAACAAGGCUCCCUGCAAGGGAUGUCUGGAUCACAAGAGAACCUACAGAAAUUCCAGCACUUUAAUCAGCCACAGCAAAACUACUGUUUAACAGAUAUUUCUGUAAGGUCUCCAGAACAAUACUACCAGACCUGCAGCCCAAGUUCUAGUCACUCUCCUGCGAGGUCUGUGGGAAGAUCUCCCUCAUACAAUUCCACACCAUCACCCUUAAUGCAGAAUCCUGAUUCAUUCCAGUAUGGCCAACCUCCCAUUAAUUCAGGCGCGUCCUCAUCCACAGGUCUGCAAGAACAAAACAUGCUGAUGCCCCCUCAUACCCAUCCAUCCCCCAGUGUUAACCACCAGUCCCAGACUUAUUCUGGAUCCAUGAAAGAACGGUUUUCAGAAAAGCUUCUUUCCAACCCAAGUUUGUGGAGCCUCAAUGCCCUGACAUCUCAGGUUGAGAACAUCUCCAACAACGUCCAGCAGCUGCUUCUCUCUGAGGCCCUUAUGGCCAACAAAAAGACAAGCAAACGAAACCAUCCUAAAAAGGCAGAAGACUAUAGAGGCCAAUUAAAGGGUAUGGAAGAUUCACCUUGUCCUGAAAACCAGCAUGGUCCUCCUCCAGCUGAGGCUUACAGCAUUACUAGGUCCAUGACAGCAGAAUUACAGGAAGGUGGAUACUCCAGCAACACUGAGGAGCAGAUGGACAAAAGUUAUUACUAUUUUGGUCAGGACAAAGGUCAAGCACACACCCAGACACACUCACGACUUAGCCUUGACACAGUGUCCACCUGCUCCUUAAACUCAGCUGAUGAUAUAUCUGUCAGGUCUGGUGACUCAGUACGAAGUCUCCAUAGUGUAGCCUCUGAGGAUAAUUUCACAUGUGACCCCAGAUUACAAAGAGUACUGACUGAAGAGGAGCCCAACAACUCUCUUAGGAACAUUAGAGAUGAGAGGUCUCCCAUCUCUGUAACAGCUCCAAGUCCUAUGAAACAGGAGAGUAAUUCACCACAAGAAAUAAAGUGUUCAGAAAGCACUCUAAAGGAGAAUUUUGAGGAGUCAGCAUGGACUGAAAGGAUGGUUGAUGAGGAGGAAAUUAGACAAAGAAAGCUGCAUGUAGAGCAUGAGUGCAAAGGAGAGGUUAAUGAGAAGCCAGAUAAAUGGCUAGACGAUGAAAAAAGUCCUUCUCUUUUUCAUAAAAUAAAUAAAGCAGUAUUAGAAGAAGGUUACUCAUAUGAAACAGAAAUAAAUGUUUACCAAGGGUUGCAAAACAAAUCUGAUUCUGAUAAAGGUGACUCAGCAGACAUGGAUUAUUUUUCAGACCUUAAACACAAUGGAAAUAAAGGAACAGAAAUAAAGUCUGAAAAUUUCAAAUCAGAACCACAGCCCAAUGUUGAACCUCCCGAAAAAACAUAUACAGGCAGUUCAGACAAUGAUCUGAAUUUGUCAAAGAAAGAGGAAAACUCAAAGAUGCAAAAUUCAGUUGAGAGCCUGACACGCACUGAUGGCCCAAUGGACACCCUUGAGGAUCAGCCGUCUGUCUUUCUCCAUAAUUCCUCUGAGGUAAGAGAUGAAAAGGAAAGCCUGACAUAUUCUGGGAAGGUCUCAAAUAAUACAGCAAAACCACAAGAAUCGUUUGCAGAAGUCUGCAGUACAUUUAAAGAGAUAGGUAAUGUGCCUCAAGUGAACACAGAAACUGCACAAAUGUUUGCCCUAGACCCAUCACACAGAGGCAGUGAAAGGAGGUCAGAUAUAUGUGACAUUGCACCUCAGUUUCACACUGCCAAGAGUGGCUUCUCAGCUCUCAAUGAGAAAACAACACCUCUGGCUCAGGCUAGGGAUCAUCACAUCGAUCGCGGUGAUGCAAAGGUACUGGAGCCUGAUUCUCCUCAGUUGCCAGGCAAGUCAAUACUGCAUUCUGCACCAUCUUGGGCUGACACCCCACCCUCCCCAAAGAAAGGAGAUGAAGAUAUGGAACCAGGUAUAAGCUGUCCGAGUGCAGUGACUCCAUCUGUCAAACUAGAGCCUUUGGCCUCUUCUGCACAUACAAGAACGUUUGGUAAGAAACAUGCACGGGGCAGGAGGAGACUAAUGCAUUCGAGUGUAGGUAUCAGAAGGCAACUAAGUGUAGAUGGAGACAGUGCUCCACCUUGUGCCCAAAAUCCCAAUAUGACCUCCAGCAAAAGCGCCCUUUUUCCUGAUCAGAUGGAGACUGCUUAUCAGGAUAUUAGCAGUCAAACACCAAAACUUGUGACAGAUGGUUUGCCAUCACGGAUGUGCACUCGCUCAUAUGGUUCACAAAGUAGCCCAAAGGUUUUCCCCCAAGAGAGAAGAAAACCAGGCCCAAAGCCUGGUUCAAAGCCUGGUCCAAAGCUAGGUUCAAAACUAGACUUAAAGACAGGUCCCAAACCUGGUACAAAGCCUGGCUUAAAACCAGGUCCAAAAUCAGGUCCAAAACCUGGACCAAAGGCUGGUCCAAAAUCUAGUCCGAAACCUGUUUCUAAACCAGGCUCAAGGCCUGAAUUAACAUCUGGUGUAAAGCCUGGUCCCAAACUAGGUUCAAAAUCUACAGGGUCCAUAGAAGAUACAAUACCUGGUCCAAAGACUGUUCAAAAGCCUGGCCCUAAAUCUAGUCCAAAGCCUGGUUCUAAACUUGCUUCAAAGCCUGGGGCUUUACUAGGAGAAAAACCUGUAUCAAAACCAAGUCAAACCAAUACAGAGUUGAAGCUAACCGAUGGAUCAAUGCCUAAAGGCCAUGGUCGACCAAGAGGCCUCACUUCAAAGAUCAAUUCAGUGAAACAAGAUAAAAAUUUUCAAAUUAUAACAGACCAAACCAAGGACACAAUAUAUAUAAAUGAACUUAUUCAGCAAAAUGUGAGCACUGUAUCAUCUUUGAACACAGUUGUUGUGGGCACCUCUACAAAUGAAACUGUGAGUUCCACUUUAGAACCUACUCUAGAUAGCAAAUCUUCAGUAAAAGAUCAAAAGUCCAUGGUGCUGAGAUCGCGGAAACAAACAAAAGAAAAACUGACUGAAGAGAAAGAACUAGAUAAUAAUGAAUCAGCUGAUAUAAGUUCAGCAAAGCUCAUAGAUACAAAAAUUCAGGAUGUUACUGUGGAUCAGCCAUGUGCGACUGAAACUUCUAGUCAUGAAUUACCAAAUCGGGUAGACAUCCCUACAGAAACACUGCAACAUUCUUCUGAAGAGAAAACUUCUAUCAAAAGAAAAUUCACAGACCCAAAAAAGAGAAAGAAGGGUUUGAAAGCAAAUCAAACAAAAACACAGGGGCCUCCUAUAGAAACAGUCAUAGGAGACUGCACUCCAAGGGAAAAGCUAAAGAGAGGCCAAAAUAUGCAAGCAGAAUCUGUAUUCAGCACUGUGACAACAGAUAACCUUCCCACUGAUGAAAUCAGUGACAUGCCUUCUGUACCUUCCCAAUGUCCUACUAAAACUAAAUAUUUGCCCCCUCGAAAAGGCAGGGGCCUUAAAUAUGAAGCAAUGGUUCAAAAAAUCACAUCCCCAGGGUCUAAAAAGCAACCUCUAAAUAUCCAACCAGAUAUUUUGGCAGAAGAAUCAACAUCAAAACCAGUACCACAGGUACCAGAGCAAAGAGAGACAGUAAAGGCCCCUGAGGUAGCUCACGAGGAAAGCGAGAGCACAAUGACCACACAAGACACCGAAAACAUAACAGGAAUUCAGACUCCAAGGAAGAAAAGGAGAAAGUGGGCCACUGUUGAGAGCAGUGAUACACCAAAUGUAGGCCUGGAGGCUGGAAGCCUCGUUAUCAACACACCAAGGCUAGCCAAACAGAGAGCCAUUAAAAACAACCAUGAGAUGCAUAUGAAACAACGAAAGAAGAAAAGAAAAAGUACUGAACCACCAGAUACCAUACCUGUUGAGGAGCCAAAGGAGCCUGUCGAAACUGAUAUUCUGCCCCCACCUGCAUCCUCCUCCUCUUUUCCAGACACAGUUGAACAAACACGGUAUGAGACACCACCAACAGAAUUAUGUCCACCAGUCAUAAAACCCAAAAGAGGCAGGCGGCCAUCAUUCAAAAAGAAACAAGAGGAAGGUAACACAGGAGAUGACAAAGUAAAAGAGAAAAAAAAGUCUGUAACCAACACAAAGAAUCGAAAGAGACUUAAUGUCAUCAGAGUCAUAGUGAAAAGACCCAAGCUGAAGACAAAAUGCAGUGAGGAUCUCUCUCCAACAGUGAAGGGGACAUUAUCAGACAUGCAUCCAACGAAUAGUGAUGGCAAAUCAUCUUUUAGACCAUACGUACACAUUGACAGCUGUCUGGAUCUAACAUCUCUUUGUACAAUCGUCAACAGGCCUGAGGAAGACCAGCUGCUCACCCAGGCAAGAACAAAAAGUGCAGCUAAAACAAAAAGUCAAGUCACAGUUACCAGGACAAUAUCAAACUCCUCAGUAAUGCUCCAGGGGCCAUUAGUUAGCAAAAGUCUAACUGACAGGUGUCUUACAUGCUGCCUGUGCAGAAAGCCAGCAAAUUAUAGAGAGCUUGGGGAUUUGUGUGGCCCUUAUUAUCCUGAGGACAGUAUACCACGAAAAAUGCUGUCUUUAACAUACAGGGACGAUUUCAGGCAAAGCAGCGACAGUGCACACAAGACAAAGGUCAGCUGUAGUACAGACCACAUCAACUCACAGAGUGCCUGUGAAAAGAAUGCACAUAUGGAGGGGACGAAAGAAAAAAGUUGUGGGCAUUCCAGAAGGGGGAAAAGGGCAAUAAGGGAACAGUUAAGAACCCGCCCAAGUUUGCGGAUGAGGUUCAAAAAACUGCUUCUGUUGCAGAGCAGACUUACUGGGGCUGCACCCCCUGCUGGUGAGGAGGGUAGUGAAACUACGCUGCACAGGUUACAGAUGGAGGCAGAAUCUAAGGAGCACUGGGCUCAUGAAACUUGUACAGUCUGGACCAGAGGCGUAGUUUUGGUAGCAGGCAAACUCUAUGGGCUGAAGGAAGCCGCUCAGAGUGCAGCACACACGAAAUGCUCUCGGUGCCAGUUUGAGGGAGCUUCCAUCUGCUGCAGCUGGAAAAGCUGUACUCAGAGGUACCAUUAUGUCUGCGCCAAAGAGACGGGCUGCACAUUUGAAGAGGAGACUUUCUCUAUUAGAUGCCCAAAACACAAGGCAAUUGACACAUAGACACAUGAGGACAAAUGAAUGUCACACACAGUGCGCAACAAAGGACAUGCGUCUGUCUGUGUGCUGCAGACACCCAAGAUGGACAGAAAAACUGGAGCUUCAUUUGAAGCACAAAGAUACUGUAGCAAUACUGACCCAGGAUCAGAUAAUCUCCGAAAGCAUCCGGACCGCUCUAAACACAUCAUUCAUGGUCAAAAGCUGAAAAAGGGAAAGACGCUUUUGUUACGGAUCAAAAUGUGCCAUUCUUCCGUUUUUAUUUCCAUGUUCUGGAAGGGAUGUUAUCAGUCGAGGACACCUGGUGGCAGAUUUGGCCGGCAGCCCUGAGCUCUGGCUGGCACAGUCGUAUUCCCGCUGUUAAAGGGAAUUGAAAUUUGAAGAUGUCAUGCAUCAUGCACUCACUGGAUGUAUUUCAAUGGACACCUAUAUGUUAUUGAAACUGUACAUGGUGUGCUUUACAGGUCUAAAUAUUCUGAUCUCAUAUAAAUGCAUUAUUUUAAUAUACUGCUACUCCAAGGUGUAGGCUUAUUUUCACGUGCAUUCGAAGACUAAACUACACUACUGAGAUAUCGACAGUGUAUACAGAUGAAAAAAUAUCCUGUGUUCAUAUGUGUAUGAGCUCUUCAGCAUUUAUUAAAGGGAUAGUACACCUGAAAAUGAUUUCUUUUUCUUAUUGUUUUUACCAUCAUGUCAUUCCUGACUUAUGAAACAUAAAAAAUAUCUCAACUUAACAGAUACAGUCUAAAUUGAAAAGUGUUAUAGUGCACCAGAUGAGAAGAUUUCGGCCUGAUGCUCACAAAAAGCUGUGAUACAUUAUGCUAUAAAAGAUUUGAAACAGCAACAUUUUUUCAGGUUAACAGCCCUUCAGUCUGCAUUAACUUGAAUUGUUUAAGAAAAAGACAUUCAGAUAAAACAUUCAAAAUAAUAUGAAUCAGGAAUGAUAUGAGGGUGAAUAAACGAUGAUAUGAAAACCUCCGUUGGGCGAGAUAUGCAUAUCAUGGACAGACCAAUUUCACAAUUCUGUUCAUGUAAAUGGUAAAGUGAUGCAGAAGAAAACAAACAAGACUUAAAAUGAAAAGUCAUAGUCAUUUAAUCAGAGAUGUAUAUGUGACUAACAUAUUAUAAGCCGUCAUUUCAUUGCAGUAUUAAAGAUAAGACCAUAGAUGACAAAACCAUCCACGUAAUUCUUUGAUUUCUAAAUCUUAAGUAAUUGUGUAUAUAAGUAUUUGCUGCUGUUUAAAUGUAAGAUGUGAUGUACUAUUAUAAUUGUGUAUAGUAUUUCUUAGAGAUGUUUAUUUUCUAUAAAAACAAAUAUGUUAUUGCUUACAAAAGUUAUUAAAACGAUUCAUUAAAA